AUUAUGAAACGGAGGGAGUAAUAAAAAUGUUCUAUAAUUCGCCUCCCAGCAGCGAGCAUUUCGUAAACCCUAAACCCCUUCUUGCCCAUUUUCCUAAAACCCUAAACCCUUCUCUCUCUCUCUCCCCCUCUCUUCAUUUCAAAUGGCUCUCAUACCCACCAUUCUCCGCAGAUCUCUCUCACUCUCCCGUGCUUCAGUCUCCGCCGUCCGAUUGAUCGGCGGCGUCAGCCAUUUCAAUUGCAACUGCCACUCUUGCACUUCAAUUGCGCUAAAAAAAUCUCAUCUUUCUCAAGACUUCAGUGUCCCCUCUUCUUCGGUCCGUAAUUUCUCUGCCUCGGUCGCCGUGACUCGCCCGAGUCCCGACGAGUCGCUGAUUAAAGUCAUCGAUCAGGAAAUCGCUUGCGCUGUCGAGUCGAACGAGGAUAAUGAGGUGCAGGAGGCUCCAGAGGACUUCCCAUUUGAAAUUGAAGAUAACCCUGGCCAGCAUACAAUAUCUCUGUCUGCUGAACAUGAUGGCGAGGCUAUUAGUGUUGUGGUUUACAUGCCCAAUGUUACAGCUGAAGAGGAAAACAACGAUAAUGAUGACGACGAUGAUGCUGAGAAUCCUAGCGAGUCUAGUAUGUCGCUGGUUGUUCGACUUAGUAAGAGUUCUGGUCUUGUUUUGGAAUUUGGUUGUACUGCAUACCCGGAUGAGAUCUCAAUUGACACCUUAUCAGUUAAGGACCCUGAAAAUGUUGAAGAUCCUCUAGCUUACGAAGGACCUGAUUUCUCUGAUUUGGACGAGAAUCUGCAAAAAGCUUUUCACAAGUAUCUAGAGAUCAGGGGAAUCAAGCCUAGCAUGACAAAUCAUCUCUACGAGUACAUGCUCAACAAAGACAGCAAAGAAUACUUGGUCUGGUUGAAGAAUCUUAAGGAGUUCGUACAGGCGUAAAUCGGUCUGGUACCACAUUUUGGUUGGGACAUUUUGAUUCUGACUAGAUGUGGUGAAACUGGCCUUGGCAUUUUUAGAAGUCUGAUAAUGAGAAUUUUAGAGCUUCAAGCUUCUAAUUUGAGUGGUUAAAGGUUUGAUAUGACUUCUGAUACUUGCCGCUAUUUAAAUUUAAUAUGGGCGGGGCCAUUAAUGCAAUAGAUAGUUAUUGAGGGGUGUUUUUUUCUUUCGUUGGUGUAACAUGAAGACAACAUUUACCAGCAUAUUAUAGAUAUUUGAUUGGCAUUCA